AUGACGGAUAAACGUUGGAACGAUGACAUCGCUUACGUUUUCUCCAUUCAUAGACUAUUCCUAAAAGGAUAUGGUUUGUGGCCAUUACAGAAACAGACAGUAUUCACGAAGAUACAAUGGGGUUUUUGUUUGAUUGCACAGCUUAUGAUACUACCUUGUCUAACGACGGAGAUCCUUUGGAGCAACCAGGACGCCAAUUCAAAUAUAGAAAGUAUAACAUUCUUUGCGUCUACGUCGACUGGACUUACAAAAAACCUAUGUCUUAUUGUCAGUCAAAAGAGGCUGAGUAUGAACAUUAACGCUGCUAUUAAUGAUUGGUUAUCUGUUAAAGAUAAUAUCGAAACUAGAAAAAUUAUGAAGAAGUAUGCAGUUCAAGGCAAAAUACUCACCUUUACGUUAUUAUACUCGUUAUAUGUGUGCCUUGGCACGUAUAUAGCAGUCGUCAUAUUCAUUAAUCUGAAGCAGAUAUUCUUCACGGACCUGAAUUUAAUGAAUGUUAAUACGACAAAUUGGUUACUUCUGAUUCCAUCUGGUCCAUUGAGUCACUUGAUUACUGGUCCACAGUAUACAAUAAUCCUGACUAUCCAGAUUGUUCAAUCAUGCGUAUUAUCUUUUUUAUUAUUUACUGUGGAUAGUUUCUUCUUCAACGUCACAAUACAUCUCACCGGUCAACUCGAGGUGCUUAAAAACAACUUCAAAACAUUUAGGAACGAGCCGAACACCGAAGCAAAUUAUCGAAAAAAAUUCGUUAGCUUGAUUAACAGGCACAGUUUGUUAAUAGAAUUGUAUCAAAAUUUGGAAGACACUUUUCAUUUUCUUAUAUUAUAUCAAGUUGUGAUAUUGACGAUUUUACUUACAUUAACAGGAUUGCAUUUAAAUAUUUGCAUAAACGAGAAAAAUCAUGUUGAUGCAACAAAGAGUGUUUUUGUCUUAAACUAUUUAAUAAUGCAAUCGUUGAUAUACACCUAUGGUAGUGAAUUCUUGCAAAAGGAAAGCGAAGACAUAUUUUAUACGUUGUACACAACUUCCUGGUUCAUGCUUCCUUCAGCAUUGAUGAAAGAUCUACAUUUCGUGAUGAUGAGAUCGAGUAUUCCGUUUCGCUUAACUGGCGGAAAAUUUUUCUAUGUUAAUCGCGAGACGAUGUUGUACGUCCUUAAGACAGCGGUCUCAUAUGUUUCAGUUUUAAGAAGAGCGUUAAGAAAUUAA